UGAAAUUUGGCUUUAGAUUCCAUUAUCAAUAUAAGCCAAACUAGAUGAGAAGGGAAUGAAAAUUUUAGUUAGCCCUACUUUUAAAAGUCAUUUUGAAAGGAGAAACUGUGGGUAAACAAUGAAUUACUUCUGAACAUGUUUGUAGAAGCCAUAGAAAGCCGAGUGUCACUUCAGCCAGACUAUAUUAACAGGUAAAUGUCACAUUUAUUUGGUGUAUUUUUGCUCCAAGACGCCACAUGCCCAGAUAUACAGUUCAAAACCACCCAAUUUCCCAUAGCCCUAAUUUCCUCCCCAUUUUUGGGAAACUUUCCUCACUCAAUAUUUAGAUAUAAUCAAGUAAAAGUUCUCAUAAAUACUUCCAGGUUUUUUUUUUUGAUUAACUGAUUUCUUUUAAGUGAUAGUUAUAUUUCUCACAACAACAACAACAAAAAAAGGCAACCAAUUUUUCCCUUUGCUUUGCUUCCCCUAAGUACAGGCCCUGCUCCUUAUUUAUAUAUGCAUGCAUCUCUUUCUUUCAGGAGCAUGCAAAAGUGGUUUGCCUAGGAACACAAGAGCCCUGCCCCUUGAGUAAGUUUAUCUCCGUACUCACCAUUCUCGCAACUUGGCAGUGGUGUCGGCCCCCAAGUUUUAUUUGCUUGACACCAGACAGUUUUGUUUCCUUUCAUAGUAAAGUUUGCUUCACAGGUGAAAGUCACAGAAUCACCAUGUCUGAAUGGUGAUCUAGCUUCUCUAUUUCUGAAUGCCCUUGGUACUCUGGGCUCAGAGCAAAUGGAAUUUUUAUUAUAAGAUUCACAUACAGGAGGAGCUUUAUCCCAGAUGCCAUUCACAUUGUCUUUACUUAUGCAAAGAAAAACCUUCUCUCCAAUGAGACGGAAGCCAGGUUUGCAAGUGUACCUUAUAACAGUACCAGUAGGUAUGGGAAGAGAAUAAUCAACAACUUGACCAUUUUUGAUAGGAGGAGGAGGGUCACAAGAAAUCCCUGAAAAGGAAGAAGGGACUAAGUAGGCAUAUUGAUCAUAACAAUGAAAAUAUUCAAAUUUAAAUAAAACACCCAACUAACAUUAGAUAACAUUACAUUUCCAUGAACAUACUUUGAAUUUGUAAUAUUUAUUCUUACUCAAGGUCAUUGUUUAUAUCCAAGCUCAUAGGUCCUUAUCUGUCUCUUGAUUCUCAGCAAGCAAAUCAUAUAAACAUCUUAACUAAACAUUAACAAAGAAGUGACAUUUAUCUAAUAGUUCUAUCUUAUCAAUGAACAAAAGGCCAACUUAGCACAUGAAAAUUAUACAUCAAUGACAUGCUAAUUGCACAUGUGGAGGCAUCAUGGACUCAUUCUCUUUCUGUCUGACACUUUCUCUUUUUCCGUCUCUCAAAUAAAUAAAUAAAUAAUAUUUUUAAAAAAUUACUACUGCCAUACAAUGACUUUAGGCAAGUUGUACCCUCACUUAGUCUGUUUCCAACUCUGUAACAUAGUCCAAGUUUCAUAAGAUGUGAUAGCAAUCUAGUGAGACAAACACAUGUAAAAGGGGCAGGUACACUUUCUUUUCCAACCCAAACCCAGCAGAAUGGCUCCUGCUAAGAAGGAUGGUGAGAAAAAGAAGGGCUGUUCUGCAAUCAACGAGGUAGUAAAGCGAGAAUACACCAUCAACAUUCACAAGCGCAUCCAUGGAGUGGGUUUCAAGAAGCAAGCCCCUCAAGCCCUCAAAGAGAUCCUGAAGUUUGCCAUGAAGGCCAUGAGGCCUCCAGAUGUGCUCAUUGAUACGAGACUCAAUAAAGCUGUCUGGGCCAAGGGAAUGAGGAAUGUGCCAUAUCUUAUACAUGUAUGGUUGUCCAGUAAUGAAGAUGAAGAUUCACCAAACAAGCUUUAUAUUUUGAUGACCUAUGUCCCUGUUACCACGUUAAAAAAUUUACAGACUGUCAACAUGGAUGAGAACUACCUUCUUGAGUGUAAAAAUAAAGUUAUAAAAGUUUUCAUGCAAAACGGGGGGGUACAAGACCUGGAAUCUACAAAUUAUUUAGUAUUUGUUUCAGAAACGGAGCUGGGGUAGAAGCAGCUUGACCAUAUUAUGUCCUGCCAUCAAAGAUGCUGAACUCCCACUACCGAUCACUGGUGAUCUCACAAUGCUGGACUCCUUCAAGAAAACCAUAGGAAGUAGUUUACAUAAUGCCUUCACAUCCUAGUGGCAUGAAGAACAUUAGUUGUUAGUACCUACUUUGGCAUAUGCACAUCUUUUAAAGGAAACUUAUUAUUCCAGAUUACUGUCACUCCUUCUGGGACACAUUGACUAGAAGAUUUGCCAUCUAACCGGAACCUUAAACAAUAAGGAGUAGCAAACCAUCACUAGAAUAAAACAAUCCAGCUGUAUAGAGGCUCAUGCACUGCAAAUGUUUUGGAGCUAUGGGUUGGAGUUGACUCACCCUUGAUCACAAGCAAAGGAAACCUCUGCCCCAAGCUGGAGAUUAGGAGGAGGAAACACAUGGCCAUUAAGAAGUUGGCUUGGAAUGACAUCACAUGACUUCACUAGGAAAGAAGAAAAAGGACUUGCACAAGAAGAGUUGGGAAAUAGUUGAUUUCUCUUUCAGCAGGGUAGGGGCUUGUAGAAAAAGCAGAGUUCUAGGCACCUGCACAUACUGGAGCUGAGGGGCUCCAGGUACCCAAGGAUGUGCACUGCAAAAGACUAGUUCCAAUGAGAGUGUAGCCAGGCUGACAGCUGUAGGACACUUCCUGUCCAGUGGUAAAUAAUUCCUCAUCCAUUUUGUUAAAAUUACCAUGGUUGAUACGUGGAGGUGGUAGACAUCCUGAGAACAAAACAGGAUCAGAAAGUCCUUUCAUUUCUGAAAGAUGAACUUUAUUCUCUAUAACAUAUAGUCAGCUUAGAUUUGGUAGGGUGGGAUGAAGGUGCUUAUAACUCUCCUAUGUUAAGGCAGAGAUUCCUUUGAGUGCUACAGAGUGUGGAUAAUGAGCUUCACUCUGUCUAGAAAUGAUAAACCACACGGCUUCUUGCUUUUUCUAUCUUUACUUAUGCCAGGAAACAUUACUGUUACUUAUUUUUCAUUUUAUUCAUCUAAAAGAUCUGAUAUACCUUUUUACCAAUAAGACAGAAAAGGAAACCAAACAUUGUGACAUUUUUUUUAUGACCAAAAUUUACCUCUACCUUUCUAUUUCAAAAAUAAGAUUGGGGCUGGAGAGAUGGCUUAGCAGUUAAGGUGCUUGCCUGCGAAGCCUAAGGACCCAUGUUCUACUCUG